UAGGGGAAGUUGACAGAGCACAGAGCUUUGCGUGAGUUCAGUGUUUGCAAAUACAGUGUGAUCUCAACAGAACAGACGGACUAGCGGACUCCGAGCAAAGCGACGGCUGCACUGCGUUGCUAUUGCACGAAGAGGACGCUUGCUUGUCACACUUUAUCCCUGAUUCAUCAAGACUUUUUUCCUUUUUUAUUACCUGAUACGUGGGAUUGCAAUGGAUGUUCUACCAAUGUGCAGCAUAUUUCAGGAACUUCAGAUCGUUCAUGAGACUGGCUAUUUCUCUGCAUUGCCAUCGCUUGAAGAAUACUGGCAACAGACUUGUCUGGAGCUGGAGAGGUAUUUGCAGAGUGAGCCGUAUGUCUCUGGGUCUGACCUCAAGUUUGAGGGCCAGGAGGAUCUUUGGAGCAAGCUCAUCUUGGCUUGUGGAGAUAAGGGAGAUGGGAACGGCAGCCUUCCCAGCGUCAAGGAGGAAGACAAUCAGGACUGCCAAAUAUUAGAAACCAACAGCAUGAAUUCGGAUGCCAGCAGCGAGGCGUCUGACAGUUCGGAGGAGCUCUCGCCCACUCACAUCUUUACCUCCAACCCGCUGGGCUCGGUUCUGACGGAGUCAGCGCAUCACUUGAGUUCCUCCAUCAUCAGCACGCCUCCGUCCUCGCCAGAGACGCCCCAGGAGCCCGGCAUCCCUCAGGUGUGGGGCUCCACGCAGACUGACUUGCACGUACCGGUGAAGAUACGGCCAAACGGACUGGGGAAGGCCUCGGAUAAGGCUUCCGCAGGAGGGGACGCCUCUCCGGACGGCAGGAGGAGAGUACACAGGUGUCACUUCAACGGCUGCCGGAAGGUUUACACGAAGAGUUCUCACUUAAAAGCACAUCAGCGGACUCACACAGGUGAGAAGCCGUACAGGUGUUCAUGGGAAGGCUGCGAGUGGCGCUUUGCGAGGAGCGACGAGCUAACCCGACACUUCAGGAAGCACACCGGUGCAAAGCCAUUUAAAUGCAGUCACUGUGACAGGUGUUUCUCCAGGUCGGACCACCUGGCCCUGCACAUGAAGCGGCACCUUUGAGCAGGCCGUAGCUUCACGCUGGGUAUAUGUUGUGUCCUGACCAGCUUCCUGGUUGACCUGGCCCUGCAAGAAAUGGGGGGAGUGUGUUCCAGCCAAAGCAUGCCAUUUUGCACCAUAUCCUGUGCCUCCAUGAGCCCCGGGAUAAAGGCGGACUGACUGGUUGUUGAAACGAAAAAGGAAGGGACAAAAUCAUGUAUGAAGAAUCAAAGAGAGGAGGAUGAUUUAUUAAAAAAAAGAAAAAGUGAAAAAAAAAAAGAGAGAGAAUGAAUGGUGUGUUGUAUGGUGCAUGAUGUUUCGGGCCAACUCCUGGACUGUACACUGGUACUUUAAAACAAAUCCUAAAGAGAACCUGCUUGCCAUGAUCGGAUGAAUGUCCCGUGUGCGAAGAAGGGUGGGAGGGGGUUACCAGUGUAUCGCUGUGGGCUGAAUGGUGUCGGGGAACAAGUUCUGUAUUUGUUUCCAUGCGGUAUGCGAGAACCGUGAGUGAAGCCGUGAGACUGAGAGCUCCUGCCUGACGCCCCCGGGCUCUGGGAUUGCAGGGGGCGUAGCGGCCAGGGUUUCACCCCCUGCCCCAUCACAAGGCGGGGACAGAAACUCGGUCCUGAAUGAAAGUGGCUUUUUUGGUGUUCGGUGCAGCUACUAAAUGUGCAAUGUGUUCGGUAGCUUGUUAUUUGACAGGCUACAAAAGCUCAUUUGUAGUCGGUUGUAUGAGCUGUGUGCUUAGAGAUGUAACACAAUUAUAACUUCAUAAACAGGUGUUGCAUGGUAUUGGGCUUUGUACUUUUUUUUUUUUUUUUUGUGUAAUUGGGACUGCAGAUAGAUUCCAAUAAAGCGCAGCUAAAUACAAUUGGGUUAAAUGUUACAAUAUUGUACAUAAACGCAUUGAUCAUUCUCCACUCGUUGAUAAACUCCCUCAUUUUUCUUUCUGGUGGAGGGUCGAAUCCCAUCAGUGACCAUUUCAUACAAGACUCGUUUUGUCAUCUUGAAGACUUAAUUCUAUAUCUCCAUUCGAUCUGUUGUUAAUGCACUGUUGGCCUUAAUGGUGCCUUAUGCAAGUGCCCUUUUCCAUUGGGGGUCACAAAAUGUCUCAUAUAAGUGAUUGAAAAAGCUUUAUUAAGGCUCCGUUUCACCUCGACAUGCACCUUUCCCAUUUCUGAGGCCACUGUAACCAAGCCCUUGUAGAUAAGUAAUAUAUUUUGUUAUUCUCGAGCAUGCGAUUUCAUUCUUUGUCAUUAAUAUUUGCCCUCAUAUUUCUUGAUGUUGUGAAUUCUGCAAUUUAGACACAGAUAUACAGUAUCUACUGAACGUUUCGAAUACGCUGUAGAUGCAAGAUCUCUAUCUGUGGAGGUGUGUGCAAGGCAAAAAGCUCUUAAAAUGCAAAAACAGGCCGUUGUAUAAAACAAGGCUGAAAGUUUGUGUAAUGCCAACCCCCCCCGUCCCGUUACCAAGAAUAAAGGGUGGGGGAAAUUCCUAAAGAUUUAUUGUAAUUAACAAGCUGCAGUCAGACAGGCCUUGCCGUGUACUGCUUCUCUGUAAUGAAUUGCUGAAGGCCCUGCCUGCUACAGACUGCUGACUCGGGCAGUUCAAUAUUGACCUGUCUGGAUGCCGUUGUUUUAGUCCAGUGACAGUGUUGUGGAAACAGUGCACAGCCACCCAGAAAGAGAAAGAUAUAUCACCGCCCCCCCAACAUUUACAAUAGAAAUUUACGGAUAUGGAGUCGAACGCAGCUUCUUUUGCGUUUUGCGUAAACUAUAAUGUUUUCAGGGACCAAACGAUUGAUAAAAUUUAUUGUACAUAGUUAUAUGCUUGAAUUUUUGAGUAUUGUGCUUUUAUAAGUGCCAUGCUCUGGUUUUUUGACACUGUUGCAUGUCGAGCAGCUACGUAGAUAGUAACUUGAAGCAGCUUGUGCUGCCAUUAAAUCAGACCAGCCAGGGUUUUGUGGGUCAAGAACAUUGUGUCGUUCCAACAGUGGCCAAUAUUAUUCGAUUGGUAAUUGAGCCUUAAUCAAGUUUUCCAUUUGCUUGCUUCAACCAACAUGUUCUAUCACUUAUCUUUUCUCUCAUGAAUCCCUCUUGUCUAAAGAAUAUUUGUACAAAAGAAUAAAAACACAAAAGUUAGGAUGAAAAAAAAAAAACAUUUUCUAAGAUUUUUAUUUGUUUUUUUGCUUUAUAUGAAUUUUAUUUGAAAUUGUUUUGCAAAAUUGUUAUAUUUCUGUAUGGAUGUAUUUUUUAUUGGAAUAAUAAGAAAUUAUUAUCAGACAA